AUGACGACCGAGCCUUCCCCCCGGGGCAUCCGCUUCUCCGGCGGGGAAGAGGAAACCCGCCCAGAUAGGAUGAGGUCUCCCUGGGCCCCGUCCGUUGCCGUCGUCGAUCAUCCCGACAACCCCAUCUCCCCGGCAGACCUUCGCCCCGACGACCCCCAUGUCCAACUACCUCUACCGGACGACUUGGGCUCGCUCCAGAGAUACGAGGCCUCCGCCCACGCCGGCUCCAUGUCGUCCCUGGCCCAGUCCGCUCCUGCCAACGGGACGAACAGGAGCCUGCGCGCCUCUGCCGCCUCUGCCGCCCCUACCGUCUCUGCCGCCGCCGCCGCCGCCGCCCCCGAUGCCGCCGAAGUUGUCUACGCACCGGUGAACGGCGCCUCCGCCAAGCCCCAGAGGCCCAGCGCACCCGCGAGGACCCUUUCCAGCACCUACGCCCCCCAGAGAAGGCCCCAGCCACAACCUUCCUUCGUCGAGUCGGUUCGGAGCCAGAGAGCCACCCGCCCGCGGGCGAGCGAGCGGUUUCGUCAACAAGAGAAGGCCUACGUGCAGCGGUUGCGCCAGGAUUACGGCGACGGAUAUCCCUUCGACGGCUACUCUAGCGGCGGCAUGACCACCAUGGGCGACUCCGACUCCGAGGGCGAGACCCCUUCCUCCGAGGGCCCCUUCGACGAACGCUACGAACAAGAAACCAUCAUGUUCUACGGCAACGACGACCUGCAGCCCACCGAGGAGGACAUCAAGGACCCGGCCAACCGGGAACGCCUGGAGUGGUACGGUAUGCUGGAGGCGGUCCUGACGGGCGACGUCGUGCGCCAGGAAAAGAAGCGCCUGAUCGGCUCCUCCGAGCAAGCCGUCGGCAAGACCGCCCAGAAAAACGAGCUGUGGCUGGGCCUCCGCUCCAAGGCCUGCGGCAGGCAUCUGCCCGUCCAGAGGCGCAUGGUCGAGGAGGCCCGCUCCUCCUUGGACCGCGGCCUCGACGACAUCAUCAACUUCUCCGUCAAGGGCGAGAGCGAGGUCGGCAAGCCCCCCAGCGAGCAGGUCAAGGACAUGAUCAAGAAGAUCGACAAGUGCGAGAGCCUCUACCCUUCCUGGACCUCGCUGGCCGCCGAGCACAGCCUGGCCAAGUCCCCGCUCUUCGAGGAGGCCUACGAGGCCAUCGUGUCGUGGCACAACACCAACGAGCUCAUCAACACCGAGCUCGCCAUCCUCCAAAAGUGGGUCGGCAACGACGACCUCGACUUCACCCGCACCCGCCAGCGCUCCCCCGUCGGCGAGGCCAUCCCCGACGAGACCUCGUUCCUCGACCGCCUCAUGAAGGAGGACGGCCUCAAGUCCAUGUACGACGAGGUCCCCGCCGACAAGAAGAACGGCGGCCAGACCCAGAAGGGCAUGCUGCUCGGCAUCUCCAUGGUCGUCACCAAGGCCAAGAGCACCGUCAUCCGGAACUACGCCGCCUUCCAGAAGCGCCACCUGCCCUACAUCGAGGAGCUGCUCACCCUCAUCAGCUUCCCCUCGCGCCUCAUCGAGGAGAUCAUCCGGAUACGCCUGGCCUACGCCAAGCGCGUGAAGGAGUCGGCCCAGCAAAACUCCCUGAUGCAGGACCAGAUGAUCUCGCAGUUCCAGACGCUCCUCAAGCUCGCCAUCCGCAUCAAGCUCGAGUACGUCGCCAUCGCCCAGCCCGAGCCCGGCUGGGACCUGCCCCUCAUGAUCGACGACUCGUUCGACCAGGUCGUGCUCGACGCCCUCCGCUACUACUUCAAGAUGCUCAACUGGAAGCUCAGCGGGAACAAGAACACCUUCAAGGAGGCCGAGCUGCUGUUCCAGGAGUGGGAUUUCGGCAACGAGAUUGGCCGCCACCUCCGCGGCGGCGACGUCGAGGUCGCCGAGCAGUUCAGCUCCCUGACCUUCAAGGCCAUCAACCGCCUCAGCAUCACCUUCGAGAAGGAGCUGCAGGUCAAGCCCAAGGAGAGCGCCGCCGACAUGAGUAAGAGGUACAAGCAGUGCCUCGACUCGGUCCGGGUCCGCCAGAGGAUGUUGCAGCGCUUCUCGAGGAUGCUGAGCGACAGGUACGAGAACGCCUCCGACUUCAGCAUCGCCUUCUCGCCCGAGAAGCUCCAGGAGUUCUACGACAGGCUCAUCGCCUCGGGCCAUUUCCAGGUCUACACCAACAUGUACGAACACGACGGCAUCUACCUCAUGGCCUCGUCGUCCCUGGCCGAACGCCAGGAUGAUAUCCCGUCCAUCCUGGGCAUAACCGCCCCGGAGCAGUUUGCCGACGGCGAGGACGAGCCGUACCUGCUCGUCCUCCGCCCCGAGAACCCGCCGCACUGGUUUGGCGACGUCGUCAGCUUGUCGGUCGGCGAACAGAACAUCGACGUGAAAAGGGGCCACAUAAGGCUCGUGGCCGCCGGGUCGCAGAACCGGCUGGCCAACGUCAGGCGCGCGUUCCUUGACGCCGUCGACAUGCACGUCGACCUCGUGGUGGAGCAGAGGUCCAACCUGCACAAGGUCAACACGAGGCUGAUGGAGAUCCGGAGGGUCUCGUACAAGCUGUCGAACAACUUCAUGGACAGCGUCGAGACCAUUCGCAAGCAGACCAGGGGCAAGGACUGCCAGGAGCUCAUCCAGACGUGCUUCGUCUUCGCCACCGAGUUCGGCCAGCGGUCUCUCCUCUACAUGGACAGCAACCGGAAGCAGAUGAACAACCUCAAACUGACCAAGCUGGCCCUGGACUGGGUGAGCUUCAUUUGCGACGACUGCGUGGCGUCCGACCGCAAGACCUUCCGGUGGGCCGUCCUGGCGCUUGAAUUCGCCAUGGGCAUGACCCGGGGCCGCCACAUCCUCGCCCUGGGCGUGGACGAGUACGCCAAGCUGCGGGCCAAGGUGGCCGGCUGCAUGUCCCUGCUGAUUUCGCACUUCGACAUCAUGGGGGCCCGGUCCAACCUCGCCGCCCAGGCGGAGAAGGAGCGCAUCGAGGCCCUCGUCGGGCAGUUCAGGCGCCUGGACAAGAACCGCAUGCUCGGCGACGAGGAAGCCUCCAAGUACAUCACGGAGCAGCGGCUCGAGGAGCUCGAGAAGCUCAACGAGGGCAGGCGGAUCAAGGAGGCCGAGAGGCAGGCGCUGGGCCGCGUGCUGGAGGCGAACAACGAGGUGGACCGGUCCCUGGCCUACCUGUCGUCGUCGGCGACCAACGUCACCAUCCGCUGGCAGCAGGGCCAUUUCGUCGGCGGCGGCACGUUCGGCAACGUGUACGCUGCCAUGAACCUCGACUCGGGCCACGUCAUGGCCGUCAAGGAGAUCCGGCUCCAGGACCCCAUGCUUAUCCCCACCAUCGCCGAGCAGAUCAAGGACGAGAUGGGUGUGCUGGAGGUCCUCGACCACCCCAACAUCGUUUCGUAUUACGGCAUCGAGGUGCACAGGGACCGCGUCUACAUCUUCAUGGAGUUUUGCGACGGUGGUUCUCUUGCCAACCUGCUGGAACACGGCCGGAUCGAGGACGAGCAAGUCGUCAUGGUGUAUACUCUGCAACUCCUCGAGGGUCUCGCCUAUCUGCACGAGAGCGGCAUCGCCCAUCGAGAUAUCAAGCCGGAGAACAUCCUCCUCGACCACAACGGCAUCGUAAAGUACGUCGACUUUGGCGCCGCCAAGGUGAUCGCGCGGCAGGGCAAGACGCUCGUGCAGGGCCUCAACGCCAGCAAGCCGAACAAGUCGAUGACGGGCACGCCGAUGUACAUGUCGCCCGAGGUGAUCACGGGCGAGAACCCGGGGCGGGCGGGCGCCGUCGACAUCUGGUCGCUCGGCUGCGUCAUCCUCGAGAUGGUCACGGGCCGGCGGCCCUGGGCCAACCUCGACAACGAGUGGGCCAUCAUGUACAACAUCGCGCAGGGCAACCCGCCGCAGCUGCCGAGCGCGGACCAGCUGAGCCCCACGGGGCUCGACUUCUUGCAGCGGUGCUUCACGCGCGACCCCCGGAAGAGGGCGUCGGCGGUCGAGCUGCUCCAGCACGAGUGGAUCAUGACCAUCCGCAGCCAGGUGGUGGAGCCGCCGACGCCGAGCGAUGCGAGCGGGUCGGGGCACUCGGUGUCUGGGUCCAACAUGGGCUCGCGGACCAACACGAACGAAGGGUUCUGUUAG